AUCGUUAUUAUCGCGCAUAGGGAAGCAGGAGAGGCGGCCAUGGCGGCGGAGAUCCACUCGAGGCCCCAAAGCUCCAGACCGGUCCUGCUGAACAAGAUUGAGGGCCACAGCGACGGCGUUAACGCGGCGGUGCUCAUCCCGAAGGAAGACGGAGUAAUCACGGUCAGCGAAGACAGGACGAUUCGGGUUUGGCUGAAGCGAGACAGUGGACAGUACUGGCCCAGCAUUUACCACACUGUGUCCUCGCCCUGCUCCUGUGUAUCGUAUCAUCAUGAGAGCCGGCGGAUCUUCAUCGGUCAGGAUAAUGGAGCCGUUGUGGAGUUCCUCAUCUCAGAAGACUUGAACAAAAUGAACCAUGUUAAAACAUACCCAGCUCAUCAGAACCGCGUGUCAGAUCUCCUGUUCUCUCUGGAGAGUCAGUGGCUGGUCAGCACGGGUCAUGAUAAGAGCAUCAGCUGGAUGAGCACUCAGAGCGGCUCUAUGCUGGGACGCCACAGCUUCGGCUCCUGGGCUUCCUGUUUACAAUAUGAUAAUGAUACUCAGCAUGCCUUUGUGGGAGAUUAUUCAGGUCAGAUCACUCUACUGAAACUGGAUGAACACUCGUGUUCCGUCAUCACCACGCUAAAGGGACACGAAGGUAGUGUUGGAGCGUUAUACUGGGAUCCGGUUCACAGGUGGCUGUUUUCCGGAGCGUCUGAUCACAGUGUGAUCAUGUGGGAUAUCGGCGGCAGACAGGGACGCACAUUACUACUGCAGGGACACCAUGAGAAGGUCCAGGCGUUGCGGUAUCUGCCUCUGACCCGUCAGCUCGUGUCCUGUUCUGCUGAUGGAGGAAUAACCGUCUGGAACAUGGACACAACAAGACAAGAGGCUCCUCAGUGGCUGGAUAGCGAUUCCUGUCAGAAAUGUGAGCAGCCGUUUUUCUGGAAUAUAAAGCAGAUGUGGGACACAAAGACUUUGGGGCUCCGACAGCAUCACUGCAGGAAGUGUGGGAAGGCGAUUUGUGGGAAAUGUAGUUCCAAGCGCUCCACGUACCCCAUCAUGGGCUUUGAGUUCCAGGUGCGCAUGUGUGACGACUGCUUCAACACCAUCAAAGAGGACGAUCGGACUCCACUGGCCACGUUUCAUGAGGGGAAACACAGCAUCGCUCACAUGGAUAUGGACCCCAACCGAGGACUGAUGGUCACGUGUGGCAGCGAUCGAGUGGUCAAGAUCUGGGACAUGACGCAGGUGGUGGGCAGCAGUGUAGCAGCAGGAUUCUCUCACCGCUGAUUGGCUGCUUCUGACAGCCCCACCCACACUUUGCCAGCUGACUCCUCAAGGAGUGUCUUCAUCAUGAAAACACUCGCCUCCCCGUCAAAAAUGAACACUCCAACUAUGUCUAAAUGUGUCUGUGUGUGUGUGUGUAAGGAGGAUGAUCCUUGAUUUGAUCAAUCUGAGCGGACGUGAACUCAAGGUACUUCUAAAAGCACAAUAUCUGCGCUCUUUCUGUGUUUGUGGCUGAAGGUUUUAUCUAUCUGUAAGUACCACACAAACACAACACGCUUCGUUUCUCAUCCAAAAUCCUGCUUCUUCUUUAUCCAUCCUUCUUGUUUACACAUUCUCCAUUUCUUGAAAAAGAAUGCUAGUACUUUCCAUAGUAACCACCAAUCAUGUUACCAUGGAAACAAGUGUUCCGUAGCAACCAUAGAACUUUUUCAAACAAACAAUUCCCUCCAAAAAAAAAAAAGAAAAAAAAAGAAU